AUGCCGUUGCGAACACAUGUGCUCCAGCUUAAUCAACUCGAUAGAGAAAAAUCUACUGUAGAAGACUCUACUAUAGAAGAAUCUACUGUAGAAGAAUCUACUGUAGAAGAAUCUACUGUAGAAGAAUCUACUGUAGAAGAAUCUAUUGUAGAAGAAUCUACUGUAGAAGAAUCUACUGUAGAAGAAUCUAUUGUAGAAGAAUCUACUGUAGAAGAAUCUACUGUAGAAGAAUCUACUGUAGAAGAAUCUAUUGUAGAAGAAUCUACUGUAGAAGAAUCUACUAUAAAAUAA